AACAACAACACUUACACCAACAACAACAGACACCACAAAAACAAACACACCAACAACAACAGCUCAUCAACCAUGAAUCGUCUACGAGCAACAUUUACGCGAUCGCGCACACCAACGGGCGCUGAAAUGAAGAUGCAGAACAGUUUGGAGGUGCCCAAGCAGGUGCGCUCCGCUUCGUUUGAUGAAAUGCAGCUGAACACUCAGCGCGGCGGCUCGUCGUCGCAUCUGUUGAAGCAGCAGUCGUCGUCAUCGGCGGAUGAACGCUCCUCGGAGCGCGGAUUCCUGCAGGUGCCGCAGGUUGCGCAUGCUCAGCGUUCGCACAGCUUCGACUCGGCGGCGGCGUCACUGGCCAGCGAUGAUUCUGGCGCCUGCUUGGAGGUGCCGCGUGGCAUGAAGGUGACAUUCGGUGGCAUUCGUCGCAGUUCGUCAACGAGCAGCAAGACACCGCCGCCCUGCGUCCACUGCUACUAUGUGGAGCUGUACGAGAAGCAGAUGACCGCCGAGCAGCGCUUCUUCAUCGAUCAUCGCGAGCUAACUACGCUCAGCUACAGCUAUACAAACUCAGAUUGCAGCGAUGAUGAUGAUGAUGACGCUGACGACAACGACGAUGACGAUGAUAUGGGCGGAGGCGCAUGCGGCGGCCGCGAUGAUGAUGAUGAUCCCACAGCUACGGCUGUGGUCAUUAUAGCGGACGAUGCCAGCAGUGAGGGCGAAGCUUGUGGUGGCGCUGAGCUGGACGAUGAUGCGGCCGUAGAGUGUGACAUACGCAUGUCCAACCUGAGCAUGGGCAGCAGCAUUGAGGAGUCGCGCGCUUGCUUGCCGCAUCAGAUGCGUCGCCAUACCAUUGGCAGCUCUGUUCCGACCUCCGAAGAUGAGGGCGUCGAGGGCUCCGACAAUGGCUCGCCUCACUUUGGCAACAUGCUGCUGCCGCCGACACCAUGUGGCAUCACCUUCACACUAUCACCCACAAACGGCGACUAUCCACCAUUUCCAAUAUACGGAUUUCCCAUAGAUCCCGGCGAACCGCCGCCUCCUCACUCGCCAGCCAUACGCAGCAGUCCAACGCUGGAGCUGCCCUGCUUUAGCGGCCAUGCUGCUGCGCUUGCUGCAGCGGAUGCUGCAGAUGCUGGCGCCGCCAUGGGCAUGCCACAGCGGCCACGUCGUCGCUCCAUUUCGCGACAGGAGGCCAUCUUUGUGGAGCCCACUGGCAACUCGCUGGAGAAUGUUUCCCACGAGGAAGUCAAUCGCAUGGCCCAGUUAUCCGUCGAUUCCAUCGAUGAAGCCUCCACCAUGGCCACUUGUGGCUCACCAACCGCCAUGAAUGCUUUAGCCGCUGGUGCUGCCGCUGCUUUUGUGGUGAGUGAUAUCUAUUUGGCCGUGCCGGAUCUGCGACGCGAUCGCGCCGCUUCCGUCGACUCUUGCUUCACCAAGCUGCCGUCUGGCAAUAAGACCGAGGAGCUUGAGCUUCAACCCUCCGUCGAUGGCUGCUUCUUGACUGUGCCCAACAUCAAUGCGAUUCGCUCCCGCUCCGUGGACAUCGUUCUGCCCACGGAUGAGCAGGCCCGUUAUAAGGCACUGGCUUUGACAGAUGGACGCACGGCAUCAUCGAGUAAUCUUCGCAGACCGAUACGCAUUGUUCCCGAUUGGACAGAAAAUGCCGUUCAGGGUGAACAUUACUGGAAGUCGACCGCUGUUUCGGGCGAUCUCUGCUGUCUCAAUGAGGAGUGUCUCAAGAGUGGUCAGCGUAUGAAAUGCUCCGCUUGUCAGCUGGUGGCACAUUCGACUUGCAUUCCAUUCGUCCAGGAGAAACCGACACUUGCCUGUAAGCCAACAUAUCGCGAUGUGGGCAUACGGCAGUAUCGCGAGCAGACCACCACCCAUCACCAUUGGGUGCAUCGCAAGAUGGAGAAGGGGAAGUGCAAGCAGUGCGGCAAGUGCUUAUCUUUGCAGGCCGUUCAGAGUAAAAUAUUCGGCUCGAAGGAGAUUGUCGCCUUGGCCUGCGCCUGGUGCAACGAGAUCUAUCACAACAAAGAGACUUGCUUCAAUCCGGCCAAAAUAGGCGAGGAGUGCCGCUUGGGCAACUAUGCACCGAUUAUUGUGCCGCCCUCGUGGAUCGUCAAGCUGCCCAGCAAGGGACACUUCAAGUCAUCAAUACGCGUUAACCGCAAGAAUAGCGGUGGCGGUGCUGCCGGCGGCGCUGCUGCGAUCGCUGGUGGUGUUUCCGUCGGCGCUACCGGCAACAAGCCGAAGAAGCCAACACAGAAGCGUCCAAAGGGCAAAGAUGAGAAAAAGGAGCCACGUGCUUUUAUAGUCAAACCCAUUCCAUCGCCCGAUGUAAUACCCGUGAUUGUCUUUAUCAAUCCCAAGUCGGGCGGCAAUCAAGGCGUCAAGCUGCUCGGCAAAUUCCAACAGUUGCUCAAUCCGCGUCAAGUGUUUGAUCUCACCCAAGGCGGUCCCAAAAUGGGCUUGGACAUGUUCCGUAAGGCGCCGAAUCUGCGUGUGCUGGCCUGUGGUGGCGAUGGCACUGUGGGUUGGGUUCUAUCCGUGUUGGAUCAGAUGCAACCGCCGCUAGUGCCGCAGCCUCCCGUUGGUGUUCUACCUCUCGGCACUGGCAAUGAUCUGGCUCGCUCGCUCGGUUGGGGAGGCGGCUACACUGAUGAGCCCAUUGGCAAGAUUCUACGCGAGGUUGGCAUGUCCCAGAGCGUCUCCAUGGACCGUUGGGAAGUGCGCGUCACCCCCAAUGAUGAGGUCACCGACGAUCAUGUCGAUCGUAGCAAGACCAAUGUCCCAACGAACGUCAUUAACAACUAUUUUAGUUUUGGCGUCGAUGCUCACAUUGCUCUGGAAUUCCACGAAGCUCGCGAAGCUCAUCCGGAGCGUUUCAAUUCACGAUUACGUAACAAAAUGUACUACGGACAGAUGGGUGGGAAGGAUCUCAUUCUACGUCAGUAUCGCAACCUUUCUCAGUGGGUUUCACUUGAAUGCGAUGGAACUGACUAUACCAAUCGGCUACGCGAUGCCGGUUGCCAUGCCGUGCUCUUCCUCAACAUACCGAGCUACGGCGGAGGCACACAUCCGUGGAACGUUUCGUAUGGCAAGCCAACCAUUGACGAUGGUCUCAUGGAGGUUGUCGGCUUGACCACUUAUCAGUUGCCCAUGCUACAGGCGGGCAUGCAUGGCACUUCCAUUUGCCAGUGCAAAAAGGCACGAAUUAUAACCAGACGUACUUUACCCAUGCAAGUGGAUGGCGAGGCUUGUCGUGUGAAGCCUUCAAUUGUCGAAAUUGAGUUACUCAACCAGGCGAUUAUGCUAUCCAAAAGCAAACCGGGACGUGGGAAUGUCCAUGUUCACCCUUUGGAGAAACUGCAGCUCUCAAUCUUGCGCGUGACGAUGCUGCAGUAUGAACAAUAUCACUACGAUAAGGAAAUGCUGCGCAAGUUAGCCAACAAGCUUGGCACGCUUGAAGUCGAGUCUCAAAGCGACUUGGAGCAUGUCAGGCAUUUGUUGAACAUGAAGUUCGAUGAGUCCAUCUCUUAUCCGAAGGUCUCACAGGACUGGUGUUUUAUAGAUUCUUGUACGGCUGAGCAUUAUUUCCGAAUAGACCGUGCCCAAGAGCACUUACACUAUAUUUACGACAUAGCUGUUGAUGAGCUAUACAUACUUGAUCAUGAAGCCGCAACCAUGCCCCAAACACCGGAUCAGGAGCGCUCAUUCGCUGCUUACUCGCAGCGACAGGCACAGAGCGAGCGACGCCAGAUGGAUCAGGCCCAGGGCAAUGGCAGCACGGAUGAGGACUUGCAAAUUGGCAAGCCCAUUAAAGUGAUGAAGUGGAAGAGCAACAAAGAUCGUUUAUUCAGUUUCAACGAAGAUGUUUUUGGUUAUGGAUUCAGCCCAAUACUGGAGCAGACUUCAGAUGCCGUACUAUUAGCAGCCCAGAGCGGCGAUCUAAUGAUGUUCCGUGCACUACAUGAACAAGGAUAUUCAUUACAAUCAGUGAACCGGAGCGGGCAGACAGCACUACACUUUGCAGUUAAAUACAAUCAUAAGGAAAUUGUCAGAUAUAUCAUCUCAAGCGCCACCAAGCGCGUCAUCAACAUGCAGGAAAAAGAAAGCGGCCAGACGGCCUUGCAUAUUGCCGCGGAGCAGAAUCAACGUGACAUUUGUGUUAUGCUGGUGGCAGCCGGCGCCAAUUUGCAGGCACGUGAUGUUGGUGGCAACACCGCCAUGAUGGCGGCCUUCAACAAAAAUGCCACCGAGAUAGCCACCUAUUUGGAAAGUAAGGAAUGAAAUCGAAAUCGAAAUCGAAAGCUCAUCCAAUCAUCAAGCAACCUGUUGUGCUAUUUGCCUUGCCCCCGCCUUUAUGUAAAAUCAUCAAACCACCGGACUUACAAAAAAAAAAUAAACAAGUAAAAGACGUUAAACUUGACAUAAAUAUAAAAAAUGAAACAAGCAUUAGCUCGGCUAAAAGUUGUAGUUACGUUAGUUAAUUAACAAAACUUAAAAGAAAAUGUUUUCCUCUUUAUUUUGCUGCCCGUUUUGAAUGGAAAACAAAAAAAAAUUACACUUUAAUGUAAACAUUCCAAC